AAGUGAAAAUACACAAUAAGUUCAUAAAAAUUUAACUACUAUUCACAUUUGAUUCAAUUUUUUAAAUUUAAAUUAAAUAUUAAAUACAUAAUGAGUUUACAAACAGUUUUAGUUACCGGUGCUAACCGGGGAAUCGGUCUCGAACUGGUCAGACAAUUGUUGGCCGAACAGAAUCCACCCAAACAUUUGAUUGCCACAACUAGACCGACGGCCAACAGUACUGAAUUAGACACAUUGGCUGCAAAGCACCAGAAUCUUCAUGUAAUACAUAUGGAGGGCAAAGCCUACGACAGUUUUGCCGCAUCGGGUGGUGUUUCCGAUCAAAUACGACAAAUAGUUGGCUCCAGUGGUUUGGAUACACUGAUCAACAACGCUGGUAUACUUAUACCGAAAAUGUUGGACACCAUCACCGCCAACGAUAUGAUUGAAAACUUUGAGAUCAAUACUGUUUCACCAUUAAUGCUAACAAAAGCACUUUUACCACAACUAAAAAUGGCUUCGGCUCAGCGCAAGACAGCAGUGGUAAACAUAUCGUCAUCAAUUGGUUCAAUAGAGUUGGCCAAACCUAAACCCGAUGGUCAGUGGCAUAGUGUAUACGCGUAUCGGUGCAGUAAAGCAGCGCUUAAUAUGAUUAGCCAAUGUUUGUCUAUUGAUCUCAAACGUGAUAACAUAUACGCAAUUAGUAUGAACCCGGGUCAUCUGAAAACUGAUCUGGGUGGACCCAAUGCACAAAUUGAAGUGGCCGAUGGUGUCAAUGGGAUAAUCAAAGAGAUUAAACUAAUUGAUAAUAAUAGUAAUGGUAGAUUAGUUAAUUAUGCGGGAGGUAUAUUGCCAUGGUGAUUGUUUUUAAUUUAGUUAAUAUAACCAAAAAUUGUGUGCUUUGUGUAAUAAAAAUAUACUAACCUAAUGUAAUAUUUAUACAU